CCAAUACCCCGAGAUACCCCAGAUCUCGAAUAUAGGCUAAAUGCAUUAGACACCUCCACACUGCUGGAUGUAACGGAUAAUUCUAGAUCUAUUCGGGUGAAUCGGAUCGACAUUACCGAAUGUUAAUAUUAUUGACAAUGCUUUGUUGACAUAAUAUUAAGCUUACGUCCCCCUUCGUCAUGGGUUGCGAUAGCUCAGCUAAAUGAGCCAUUCGUGUCAGCUGGGAAGUGUAGAAAGUGGUUCACCAUGAAGUUCCCCUUGCUGGUGAAUGCUAAUCUGGCAUUCCUCACGUCUGUGGCGUCGGCUGCGGUAGUACGAUCUGUCAAUCCAACGUACUAUAACCCCGUGCUGCCAGGAUGGCACUCGGAUCCAUCCUGCACGCAAGUUGAUGGAACCUUCUUGUGCGCGACUUCGACUUUCAUUUCUUUCCCGGGUAUCCCAAUUUACGCGUCGAAGGACCUUAUAAACUGGAAGUUGGUCAGCCAUGCGUGGAACCGCGAGAGUCAACUUCCCGGCGUCAGCUGGAAUACAACUGGUCAACAACAAGGCAUGUACGCAGCUACGCUACGCUAUCACGAGGAACAGUUCUAUCUCAUUUGCGAGUACCUUGGUCUACCAGAAGGCAAUAUCGGUGUGGUCUUCACGUCGUCAGAUCCCUUUAGCGACGAGGCUUGGAGCGAUCCCGUCAUCUUCCACCCAGACAAGAUUGACCCCGACUUAUUUUGGGACGACGGCAAGCUUUAUGUAGCCAUACAGGGAAUCAUCCUUCAAGAAUUGAAUCUAGAGACCGGCGAGCUCAGCCAACCACCAAUUAGCCUGUGGAACGGUACGGGAGGAGUCUGGCCCGAGGGCCCUCACCUAUACAAGAAGGAUGGAUGGUAUUACUUGAUGAUCGCGGAGGGCGGCACUGAGACGGAUCAUUCCAUCACGAUUGCACGAUCGCGCGAGUUGAUCGGCCCCUACGAGGCAUACGAAAAUAAUCCCAUUCUAACAAAUCGAGGCACGGAUGAAUACUUCCAGACCGUUGGUCAUGGCGACCUAUUCCAAGAUGCCGAUGGUAACUGGUGGGGCCUUUGCCUAGCUACCCGCUCUGGUCCCGACUUCGAAAUUUACCCAAUGGGUCGCGAAGCAGUCCUCUUCCCAGUAACAUGGGACGAGGGCGAAUGGCCCGUACUUCAGCCAGUUCGCGGAAAGAUGAGUGGGUGGACGUUGCCCCCGCCCAACCGAGAUGUACCUGGAGAUGGUCCCUUCAAUUCGGACCCAGACGUUUACGAUUUCGAGGAGGGCACGGCCAUUCCACGAAACUUAGUCUAUUGGCGCGUACCACGCGAAGGUGCUUUCUCCGUGACGUCUAACGGCCUGCAAAUUGUACCAAGCCGGAAUAACCUCACAGGAACACCCUUUUCCGAAACUACGCCCGAACUAAGCGGACAACAAGGCCUAUCCUUCAUCGGCCGACGCCAAACUGACACCCUCUUCACCUUCAGCGUGGACCUAACCUUCCAACCGCAAGAAGUAGGUCAAGAGGCAGGCGUAACAAUCUUUCUCACGCAAGUAAACCACAUCGACCUAGGCAUCGUACUCCUAGCAGGCUCUUCAAACUCCUCUUGCCCAUCGCACAGAAAGCGAGAAGAAGCAGCCAACGCACAACUCGCAUUCCGAUUCCGCGCUGAAGGAACCGGUGUUCCUCCUGAGCCAAAAGUGGUUACCGUACCGAAAGACUGGCUAGAUGGUCCUAUAAGACUCCAAAUCGAAACGGCUAAUACGACGCAUUACAACCUCGCUGCCGCAUCAGCUGCAGAUCCAAGCGGUAGCAUCCUCGUCGGCACAGCAUCCGCGGGGCUAGUUAGCGGUGGUAACGGGUCUUUCGUUGGGAGUUUGGUUGGUGCUUAUGCGACUUGUAACGGAGCUGGUACCGGAGUUGAGUGUCCCCAGGGCGGAAAUGCGUAUUUCAACCGCUGGAGAUAUACUGGUGAGGGGCAGUAUGUCUCGGAGACUGAAGUUGUGUAACAUAGUUUAAUAAUCUUAAUAAAGGCCAGAAGCGAUGCCGGCUGGCACACCCGGGUAUCUUAUAAAUUCCCUUUUUUAAAUCGCGAUUAUUCAAGGAAGAUUCUCUCGAUCUAUGUUCAUUGACUUGCUGAUGUCUAAUUCACGAGGAGUUCGUCAAACCACGAUGUGUCUGGCAUUUUAGAACUACGCCAACUCUCGGGGGUGUGAUUUGUGACGCCACGAAAUCAGCAGAUUACUUUUCCAUAAAUUUUCUUUUUGGCUUGCCAAGCUUCGGCCGUCCGAGGGGUAUUUUCAAGAG